AUGACCAAGGGAUAUCUGGGGCAUCAGAGUGCUGCGAUCUGGGGUCCUGGGGAGCAGCAGCUUGGGUCACGUUCUCGUAAGCGCGGUCAGAAUCUGGAGGUCACCUGGUCCUGGUUCCGUUCCGCUGUCGCUGAAGGAUUUGUCGUGGGAUGGUCUGGACCCAAGCCCAUUUUCGCAGAUUGGUGUCUAAAAAUAAAGAACUGUUGGGAGAAUAAGCCCAAGUCCAGAUAG